AGUGCAAAGCUUUGCACACGGUGUCCUCCAGUCCUACAGAGGGCGGUAUAACGUCAUGACCAUUAGUGGUAAACAGAAAAAAAUCGGUGUGAGAUUCGCGUUUGACUAUCGUUGCAUUCCGUAGUUACCGGUUAUUGGAGGUCAGCCUCUUCUGGCAUAAGCUUGAAAUGUGAACCCAAAAUUGUCAUGAAUGGAAUCCGAAGAGACCCAGCAGUACCUUUAGCUAUACGGUGUCUCUUUGUCUCGAGGGCAUGAACCGUCUCUAUGUGUUAAACUCGUGUGAGCAGAGAUUAUAUGCACACUGAGACAGACUGAAGUUCAUCCGUCCGUUUUGCCCUACAGAGCGGCAGCAGUGCGCGGGCCUCCGCUAUUACACACAUCAGCGCGGUAAAUGAUCCAAGCCAAAGGAUUUAUUCGUUUUUUAUUUUGAUCAAAUACAAUUUGCAACCAUGAGAAAGGACGUAAGGAUAUUACUGGUCGGAGAACCCAAAGUGGGGAAGACCUCCCUGAUUAUGUCACUUGUCAGUGAGGAAUUCCCUGACGAGGUCCCUCUCCGAGCUGAAGAGAUCACCAUUCCUGCUGAUGUCACACCUGAGAGGGUGCCUACUCAUAUAGUGGACUAUUCAGAAGCAGAGCAGACAGACGAGCAGCUUUACCAAGAAAUUUCAAAGGCCAAUGUUAUAUGCAUAGUCUAUGCAGUAAACAACAAGAAGUCAAUUGAAAAGGUGACUAGUCAUUGGAUUCCCCUCAUCAACGAACGGACGGAUAAGGACAGCAGAGUACCAUUGAUUCUGGUGGGGAAUAAAUCUGAUCUGGUGGAGCACAGCAGCAUGGAGACCAUCCUGCCCAUCAUGAAUCAGUACUCGGAGAUCGAGACCUGUGUGGAGUGUUCAGCCAAAAACCUGAAGAAUAUCUCCGAGUUGUUCUACUACGCUCAAAAAGCUGUUCUGCACCCCACAGGACCAUUAUAUUCCCCUGAAGAGAAAGAGAUGAAGCCAUCUUGCAUAAAAGCACUAACUCGCAUUUUCAAAAUAUCUGACCUGGACAAUGAUGGCAUUUUGAAUGACAAUGAGCUUAAUUUUUUCCAGAGAACUUGUUUUAACAUACCCUUGGCAUCUCAAGCCCUGGAGGAUGUGAAGAAUGUUGUGCGGAAAAAUAUGUCAGAUGGGGUGAAGGACAAUGGCCUCACACUGAAGGGCUUCUUGUUCCUUCAUACACUAUUUAUUCAGAGAGGAAGGCAUGAGACCACAUGGACUGUGCUCAGGAGGUUUGGUUACGAUGAUGACCUGGAGCUGACCCAAGAAUACCUGUUUCCAUUGUUCAAAAUACCUCCAGAUUGCACUACAGAGCUGAACCACAAUGCCUACCUCUUCCUCCAGAGUGUCUUUGACAAGCAUGACAAGGAUCGGGACUGUGCCCUGUCUCCAGAUGAGCUGAAAGAUUUAUUCAAGGUCUUUCCCUACAUGCCCUGGGGUCCUGAUGUCAACAACACGGUCUGCACCAAUGAACAGGGCUGGAUCACUUACCAAGGCUACCUUUCCCAGUGGACACUAACAACAUACCUAGAUGUACAACGCUGCUUAGAGUACCUGGGUUACCUUGGUUACUCCAUUAUUCAAGAACAGGAAUCACAAGCAGCAGCUAUUACAGUCACCAGGAAUAAGCGCAUUGACCUGCAGAAAAAACAAACCCAGCGAAGUGUUUUCCGCUGCAAUGUCCUGGGAGCUCGAGGCAGCGGUAAAAGCGGUUUUCUGCAGGCUUUCCUGGGCAGGAAUCUGGCGUGUCAGAAAAGGAUAAGAGAAGACCACAAAUCUUACUAUGCCAUUAGCACCACUUAUGUUUAUGGACAGGAGAAAUACUUGCUUUUGCAUGAGUUGCUUCCAGACUUUGAGUUCCUUUCAGAAGCUGAUCUGGCCUGUGAUAUCGUUUGCCUGGUCUAUGACAUCAGCAACCCUCGCUCCUUUGAGUACUGCGCUAAAGUCUACAAGAAAUACUUUAUUGACAGCAAGACCCCAUGUGUAAUUAUUGCUGCCAAGUCAGACCUGCAUGAAGCCCGUCAGUACUACAGUCCGUCACCAUUGGAUUUCUGCCGGAAACAUAAACUUCACCCGCCACAGCUGUUCACCUGCAACACAGCUGAAGCACCCAGCAAAGACAUCUACACUAAACUUACCACCAUGGCCAUGUAUCCCCACGCCAAGUUACGCUGCAUGUGCACCUGCAACAGGUGUACCUUUUGCAUCUGUCACAACCUCCUGAACUCUGAGCUGGUGCGCUCUGUAAAGGCCAAACUCUACAGUGCCGUUCUGAACAGGUUGAGGCCCUUUAUACAAGAUGUGGGCACGUUUGUGUUGGCUAAUGAGGGCCUCAGCCAUCAGGUUCAUCCAGUCAGCUUUGUUGAGGACUCGGUCUACAUGGAGUCAUCUGUCGACCCGUUUGUGCCCAUUUGUAACAGACACAUGACCCAAGCUGACCUGAAAAACUCAACAUUUUGGUUGCGGGCCAGCGUCGGUGCCACCGUGUUUGCAGUUCUUGGCUUCGCCAUGUAUAAAGCUCUCCUCAAGCAGCGUUGAUCAGAGCAACUAGCAUGUCACAUCAACUCAGUCCUCCCCUGAUAAACUAGAAAACCCAUUGUCCCUCAUUCCAUCCUUAUUUCCUUUUCGAGAGAAGGUUAUAUGGAAAGUAAUAGAUAGCUACAGUUUGUAUAGUUGGAGAUUGUUCACCCCCCCAAAAAAUGAAAAUUCUGUCAUUUACUCAACCUGUUGUUCCAAUCCUUUAUGACUUUCUUUCCUCCAUGUAACACAAAAGAUGUUAAGCAGCAUUUUAGAAUUGGUCACCAUUCACUUUCAUUGAAUGAAAAAAAAAAGAUGCAAUGAAAAUUAAUAGUGACCGAGGAUAACAUUUUAUUGAACAUCUCCUUUUGUGUUCCAUGGAAGAAAGUCAUAAAGGAUUGGAACAACACGAGGGUGAUGUAAUGAUGACAGAAUUUUCAUUUUUGGGUGAACUAUCCCUUUAAAACUGCCUUUCCUAAACCAUGUGUCUUUUUCCAUAUGUGUUUUAUGAACAUAUGAUCACUUAGCAGCAGUGUGGUGGAAAAGGACAUUUACAGUAUGGCAGGACUUGCAAUUACACCCUCUGCUGGUUGGACAUGGACUUGUUUUUAAUUUAUGCACACUGAUAUUUUCCUCUGGUCAGUAUUAAUUGGUGUGACCUAUAUUGGAAAGACACAGCAGAGGGACAGGUUUUACUGAUAGGUGACAGAACACUAUGUUUAUAUAUGUAUAUAUCUUACUGGACAUUCUAAGAUUGCCUGUAGUUCGUGAACAAAAUCAUAUUCGAACUGCUCGCAUAGAUACUCACGUGCUCAAGGGAGGAGCACUUAAACAAAGCCAUUUCUCACAUGUAAAGGUCAUUUUGCUCUUAUUAUAUUGCAACUGUAUUAAUUUAUUUGCCUUAUGUAUUUUUUUGCAAUGGCUUGAAGCAGGAACAAGGGAUACUUUUUAUGAUUAUUUUUUUUUAUUAUUAUUUUGAUAAGAUUUCUGAAUUGAAUCCUUCCCAUUUUUACGGUAAAGGGUUUGUUCACCCAAAAUGAAUUGUCAUCAUAUACUCUAUUUGUAUGUCUUUCCAAACCCAUAUGACUUUCUGCUGUGAAACACAUUACAAAUUUUGAAGAAUGUUGACAUUGCUCUAUUUUUUCCAUACAAUGAAAGUGAAUGCUGACUGAGGUUGUUAGUCCCUACAAUUCUGCCUAAAUAUCUCUUAUUUUGUUCCAAGGAAGAAAGCCAGUCAUACGGGUUUGGAACAACAUGAGGGUGAGUAAAUGAUGACAGAAUAUUCAUUUUUGGGUGAACUACUCAAUUAAGUAAUAGUGAGAUGGAACCAGACCAAUAGGACCUUCAUACUACAUUGCAAAGACUGUAUCAAUGAUUUUUUUCCUACUAACAAUCAUGUAUAGACAGAGUUACUGAAACACUGUUGUGUGUUCUAAAGUUUCAGAUCUUAUGCAUAUGUAACUUUCUGUGCAAUUUUCCCUGUUCAAAACCAUGAAAUUGCGGCAUUUCUGAGUUUUCAAACAUUUACAAUAAAUAAUUGUGUG